GAGAUGAACGGGUAACCCUGGUCACCCGAAGCAGCACGACUGCGGGACCUCAAGCCAAAGAAGUCCCAUCAGUCCAACAGAAAGAACAUAAAGAAAAGUUAUAAUUCGUUAUGUUACGUCUCUGGAUAAGUCAUCAUCGCGCAAAUAUGGCGUGCAUUUGAUUUAGUGACUCUGAGACGCAAAAAAAAAAAAAAAACAAUGUGAUUCUCACUAAAGGUUUAGUCUUGCAACAAAACCCUGUUAUUUUACACUUAAUACGGCAUGAUUCCUCCGUUUAAAGUUUUGUUUCUUGCGACGCAAAGACACUCAUGGGAUGUUGGACAACGAGUUGCGACUUGGGACACCUGAAAGCGCGCUCCAAGGUGUCUGUGCUCUUUACCAUGAUCCUCAUAUUCACCUAUUUAUUCUACUGUCUCACCGGAUACUGCGAUUCCAUGCCGAGUCCGCUGUUCGUCCAUCAGAAUUUCAGAAGCAAACUUUUCCCAAAGGAAGCGAAGAAACUGUCGCACUGGAACGGCUCCGUCGUUCGCGAACUGCCCGAGCAGGAUGCGACAGACGUGGAAGAGGAGAAGCGGCAGCGAGGUUUAGCUUAUGACAGCAAUCUCUCCGUGUCAAACAACUUUGGGACCAAAGAGUUUCCUCAGGCAAUUAUUAUCGGCGUGAAAAAGGGAGGAACGCGCGCGCUUCUGGAGUUCCUGCGCGUGCAUCCAGACGUGAGAGCCGUGGGCGCGGAGCCGCACUUCUUCGACAGGUUCUAUGAGAAGGGGCUCCAGUGGUACCGGAAUCUAAUGCCGCGUACUUUAGAUGGCCAGAUCACCAUGGAGAAAACACCCAGCUACUUCAUCACCCGUGAAGCAGCGCCCCGCGUCUUCUCCAUGAGCCGCAGCACCAAACUCAUCGUGGUGGUCCGUGACCCCGUGACCCGGGCCGUGUCGGACUACACUCAGACUCUGACCAAGAGUCCCGGCCUGCCGUCCUUCCAGAAUCUGGUCUUCAAGAACUCCACCACGGGUCUGAUCGACACGUCCUGGAGCGCCGUGAGGAUCGGCAUCUACGCCAAACACCUGGAGCACUGGCUCAGGUAUUUCCCACUCGCGCAGUUUCUUUUUGUGAGCGGGGAGAAGCUGGUGACGGACCCCGCGGGAGAAAUGGGCCGGGUGCAGGAUUUCCUGGGACUCAAACGGGUGGUGACCAAUAAGCACUUCUACUUUAACCAGACUAAAGGCUUCCCCUGCCUCAAAAAGCCCGAAGGAAGCAGCAGACCGCGAUGCCUGGGGAAAUCGAAAGGCAGACCGCAUCCACACAUACCAGCAGAAGUGCUGCACAGACUCAGGGAUUUCUACAGGCCUUUCAACAUGAAGUUCUACCAGAUGACUGGUCAGGACUUCGGCUGGGAAUAAACACUUGCAGGACCCUUUCUGAUAAUGCAGAAAACAAUGAAACUCUUAAUUUAUGACUGAUUGAUAUUGAUUGUCAGUAUCUACACCCUGAGUACUCGCAGAAAUUACUAGUAAAUUUCACAAUUAAUUACACACACACACACAAAUGGCAAGUGCAAACAAAGAGAUUACUGGCCACACACUGAAUGUAAUCCAAGUUGAAAAGGGUAUAGCAACAAUAUAUCUUAUUAUAUAAACAUCAUAGUGUACAGUGUGAAUGAAUUCAAAACUAAACCAGCACAAGCAAACAUUUCAGCACAUUGUUUUUUUGUUAGUUUUUUUAGUGCUCACAUGACAACAACUAUUCACCCUUUUUCUGGAUUACUAAUUAGAGAUAAUUAGCUGGAUUCAAUUAACAGGUGGACCUCAAAGAAAAUGUGGCAAUUAAACUAAACCAACAUAUAUACAAGAACAACAAAUAGUAUACAUUUUAUAAGUAUGCAAAUCAUGCAAAAAGUCUUUUAAAAUGAAAUUUCAAUAAUAAAAAUGAUUAAAAAAAAAUACAAAUAAUAUAAAGCCCCACCCCACACAAAAAAAAUACUUUCAUCAUGCAUUCUUGAAGAUUAUUGCAUUGAAACAUUUUUAUUUCAUACUCCUCCUCAUCGCAUGCAUUUUUUGCAUUUAUUUUAAAGUAUAUAUGUGCCUUUUAAAAUGCAUUUCACAGUAUACAUGUGCAUUCAAAACGUGCAGUUUACAGUAUAUAUUUGGUUUGCAAAGGAUUCAACUGAGAAUUAUCUCAAACAGUCUGAACAGAAUACCGACUCUGUGAUGUCUGCUGCUUAAACGGUCGCUUAUUUCAGAUGCCCAU